UGGUGAGCAACGCCUGGUUGGAGACCCUGCUGUCGGCCAUCAACGCUCUACCCAAAGAGACCAUCAAACAGGAGGUGCUGAACCCUCUCCUUUAUCAGUCUCAGCUGUCUCACUCUCUUCAGGCUCGUCUGGCUAGCUGUCGAAUUUUAGGGAAAGUCGCCUGCAAGUUCGACCCUCACAUAGUGAAGAAGGACCUGCUGCCUCUGGUCCGGUCUCUGUGUCAGGAUGUGGAGUUGGAGGUCCGGGCCUGUAUGUGCCGUCAGCUGGAGAACAUCUCCAGAGCGUCGGGGGUGGACGACACCAGGACCGAGCUGCUUCCUGAACUGGUGGAGCUCGCCAGAGACGAGGAGAGCAGUGUCCGCCUCGCCGCCUUCGACACCAUCAUCAACCUGAUGGAGAUGAUGGACGGUGAUGACAGACUGCAUGUCGUGGUUCCCAUGGUGAUGUCCGUGUGCGAGGCAUCGCAGGCGGACGAAGCCGUCGUGGCGUCUUUGUCGUUCCAGUUUGGGAAAGUCUGCAGCGAACUGGCAGGCUCCCUGUCAGACGAGGAGAAGGGCCGGUUGCUGCAGAGGUUUAAGGUUCUGUGUGUCGCUGGGUUGCAGACUGAAGGAAACCAGACUGACUGCAAUGAGUCAACACUGAUCCGUUGCAACUGUUGCUACAACCUGCCGGCCAUGGUGGUGUUUGCUGACUCAACUCACUUCCUGUCAGAGCUCUACCCGUCUUUCUCCGGUCUUUGCUGUGACCCGCAAGUCAGCGUUCGACGAAGUGCUGCAGCCAGUUUCCACCAGGUGGUGAAGCUGCUGGGUUCAAACGUCCAGCUGGUCCACAAAGAGCUGCUGGCUCUGCUGCAGGAUGAAGCUCUGGAGGUGUUGGACGCUCUCAUGAAUCACCUGGAGGAAACUCUGGAGGCGGUUCUGACCAGAGGAGAGAACCUGGUGCUGGACAACAAGUUCCCGGAGCUGCUGUCGGCUCUGCUGUCGGUGGAGCAGAAGGUCGGAUGUUCUCUGCGUUGGCGGCUGCAUGAGAAGCUGCUGCAGCGUUACAGCUGUCUGGCCCGACUUCUGCCUGGAGAAGUGCUGCACCAGAACUUCUCCCCCCGCAUCUUCACCAUCCUCACCACUAAUAAGGUGUUGCCGGUUCAAAGAGAGGCAGCUCGGACGUUCUGCACAUUUCUGCGUUACAACCGCAAACACGAGCAGCGUCAAGAGAUGAUGGAGCGACUGAUCCAAGAUCUGGCUCAGGGGCGGAGCUACUGGAACCGCUUGAGGUUCCUCGAUGUUUGUGAAACGGCCUCUGAGAUUUUCUCCAGAAAAUACUUUAACAAAUACUUCCUGGUUCCAGCGCUGGAGCUGGUCCACGACCCCGUGGCCAACGUCAGGUACAAGCUGUGCCAGUUGUUGCCCAGAUUGCGUUCAUCGCUCCGUCUGCCGGCCGACAAACAGCUGCUGCAGCAGCUCGACUUCUGCGUCCAGAAACUCCUCUGCAGAGAAAAAGACAAGGACGUGGUGGCCACGAUCCGCAAGACAGUCCUGGAACUGGACAAACUGGACCUGGCAGAGCCUUUUCACAAGAGGCAGGAGAGGGAUUUACUGGACCAGAAGAAGGAGAAGGAAGAGAAUCUGCUGCUGGAGAUGGAGCAGCUGGAGCGCCAGCAGAGUGAAGGAAAGCUGAACUCUGAGAAACAUACAGAGAGGAAACGAAGAGACAGUAAAACCAGUCUAUCUGCCAUCAAAUCCAUGUCUGUGUCUUCGUCUGGAAACACCUUGUCGUCCUCCGGUAAAGAGAUGAGGAAGGCUAAACUGUCGAGGAGUCGAUCUCUCAGCAGUCAGCCGACGACGUCCAAACCUGCCAACUCAGACCGACCUCUGAAAGUGAAGGAGAUGAGCAGCAUGUCUGGACCCGGGAAGUCCUCCAUGUCACUGAGCAAAGAUGACCCCUUGAGGACUGCCCAUUUCUCUACCGCGACCCAGUCCACCUCCUCCAUGCCAGUCCUGAUCCGCAGUAACACCACCAGCCUCCUGGAGAGGGCCAGUACCCUGGACCACAGGACCAGCAGCCUAGAUCAGAGAGAUCAUAGAACCAGUACCCUGGACCACAGGACCAGCAGCCUAGAUCAGAGAGAUCAUAGAACCAGUACUCUGGACCACAGAACCUGUAACAUGGACCACAGGAACAAUAUGAUGGAGCAGAGAACAGGUACAAUGGACCAUAGAACCACUACCAUUGAUCAGAGAGAACACAGAACCAGUACCUUGGACCAUAGAACCAUUGACCAGAGAGACCACAGGACCAGUACCCUGGACCAUAGAGACCAUAGGAUCAGUACCAUGGACCAGCGCAGUAAAACAAUGGACCGGGGUUGUGGGGUGAAGGACAGCCAGUCCAGAAAGCUGUCAAUAAACAGGAAGUCAAACUCUUUCAGCGUCCAGUCAGGAAGAGACUGAAGAUGAUGAUGUCAUCGUACCGCCACCAGGCCACGAGCCAAUCAGCAGUCAGGGUUCACAAGUUUAAAGACGAGUAAAGGCUUACCCAGAAUGCAACAGGACGUCUGAUCUACUGAGCACUGUGUAUUCUAAUGAUCUCAUCCUGUCUCCUGAUUGGUUCAGUAAACACAUACAAACUUGUGUUCUUAUUGGUUCGUGUUCCACAUGCUGACACGCGAUUGGUCGGAUGAAUGUUCUCUGGCUCCAUAUAACUGUGUUGAUUGUUUUUUGGAACAUGUGAUGUCACUGUGCUGUUUGAUGACAUCAGGUGUUGUGUGACAAAAUACAGAAGUUAAUUUUAAUGUUUAAUGUUUUACACUUAUUUAAAUAAGUACAGGAUGUUUUCACACAUGCGAACAGUACAAAUGCUAUGAUAGCGGUUGUCAUGCUAACUAAACAAAGUCAUCAGUUUAUCAUUAGUUAUUAGUCUUUAAGUGCAUUUGAAUGGUUUAAAUCAAACCCAGUUACACCAGUAACUCUAGUGUCUCCACCAUCACAACAUUGACCACAAAUAGACCCUUUUACAGAGUUACAAGCUUUAAACACUGAAUUAAAACUCUUUCCAACAUCUAAACGUCUGUUUCAUGUUCUCAUGUCACAACCCGGUGUUUCACU